GACAGACAUCGCCAGGUAUUUACAAAAAGAAAAAUAAUGUAGAUUUAUGAAUUUCACUGAGGCUGGACGUUUGUGCUUUGCUGAUGCACUGAGGGCCAGACAGUGCAAGCAUCCACAAAAGUUUGCUCUUUACUCCUUAGGUUUCCAAAUGGGUGAGAGAAGAGCUGUGCCCUGAAGGGACACAGCAUUAUUUUGAUGUCUGGCACAUUGGGAAAAGUAUGUAUCCAUUGUUGGAACGUUUAAGCAGUUUUUGUUAUUGCAUUUCGAUUAAUACCAUUUGUUCUAAACCAGGUCUGGGGAAGGCCUUGGAUACAGCCUCAAAAGACAGACAGUGUGAACAACUAUAGUUGUGGAGGCCAGCCAUAGUAAACCACCUGUACUGGACUGCAGCCUCAACCCCUGAUGGCAAUCCAGCUGUGAUGGAGGCCAAAUGGAGAAGCUUGGUGAAUCACAUUCAGGACAUCCACGACCAUGACACCCCUGCCUUCUCCAGUUGCGCUCAUGCCCCUCUGGAGGGGGAUCAACGAGAUAAAGAGUGGCUGGAACCAGGCUCAAUGGCAGCAGUAAAACUGGAGGGUAUCAUCACAAGGACAUCCUUACUGAAGGAUGUUCGACAGCUGUCUCCGCAGCACCAGACUUACUCCCUUGAAGCCUUCCACUCCCUGAUCCUGCACUUCGCACCCAAGCACACUGGGUUUUCAUACCAGGGCAUGUAUAGCAGGCUUCUCUUAGCGGCGCUGCAUUACAACCAUAAUGCGAACAGAGAGACCGCACGAAGAAGCGAUGGUUUGGAGAGGUAUAGCGUGCGAUAUCCACGUUUCAGAAAAGGUGCCUGGGUAGUUGUGCCCAUCAAAGAGAAGGCCUCAUACGGUUAUGCAACGUCAUUAAUCGAGGCUCUUCGGGAGAGCUACAUGGAUUCACCCAAGGCUCUUCAAGAGGCCAAUCAUUUAGUUGUGAGUAUGUAUAUAUGUAUAUAGUAAGUAUAUGUUAUUUUAUUUGGUGGUGGUUUUCUGUAUGCCACAUGUUUUGUUUUCUCUUUGUGUGCUGUUUAUUGCUUGGGUUUUUUGAUUGUUCCAGGAAGUUUAUUAUAACCUUACAUUUUAACCCCUUGCACUGACCCUAACAUCUGUCGACUAACAUUAUCUCUUGGUUAUUUUUGGCUGUAACCCAUUCAUUCCUUUAUCAGCAUCACCAUGGUUACCGCCUCACUGCAUGUCGCAUGUUUUGUUUUUAUUGCUUGGGUUUUUUACUUAGUUGUGUGCACAAAUCAUUCCAUUACAGCUCCAUUUGCCCCAUAAUUCAUAAAAAAAAUUGUAAGAAUCCGAAAGGGACCUCUGUGUGCGCUUUUCUCUUGGAUCACUAUGCGUCUGCUCUAUGUGAUAUCAUUGCAUGUAUGUGUCCGUG